AUGUCAGUUCCUGACCAUCAGAGCAAGAGUAUAGAAACCAUACCAUCAGAUGAAGAAAAUGAAUCCACUCAAGAAGAAAACAAUUUGGUUCUCGAAGAAGAUCCAACCCCAACCCCAGCGUUAUCUGAAGUAGACAUUUCUCAAAAUGAUAUUGAUCUUGGUGCUAAAGAUGAUGCUUAUUGGCAAGAAAGAAAGGCAAGAUUCAUACUAACAGUCGAUCCCAAGAUUGCCAAACAAAAAGAUAAGAAAGAUACAUAUAAGCGUUUCAAAUAUUUAUUAUCGUUGACCGAUUUAUUUCGUCAUUUCAUCAGCAUGAAAGCUAAGCAUGAUAAAAAUAUGCAAAAACUACUGAAAGAGGUGGAAGCAUCUACCUCCGCAAGUAAAAAUGAAAAUUAUGUUUCUCGUCAUCACAGAAAGACAGAGAAGGAAGAAGAUGCAGAGUUAUUAGCUGAGGAAGAAGGUGAAGGUCUGGAAACUUUUGAUGAUGAAAACUAUGUUAAUGAAUCUCCUUCUUUCAUUCAAAAUGGGAAAUUAAGAGACUACCAAGUGCAAGGGUUAAAUUGGUUGAUUUCAUUACAUGAAAAUAAAUUAUCAGGUAUAUUGGCUGAUGAAAUGGGGUUGGGUAAAACAUUACAAACAAUUUCAUUCUUAGGUUAUUUGAAAUACAUUAAAAAGAUCGAUGGUCCCUUCUUAAUUAUUGUACCCAAAUCGACGCUAGAUAAUUGGAGAAGAGAAUUUAAUAAAUGGACCCCGGAAGUUAAUGCAAUCAUCCUACAUGGUGACAAAGAAACUAGGCAUAAAAUCAUCUAUGAUUUCAUCUUACAGGCAAGAUUUGAUGUUUUAAUUACUUCAUAUGAAAUGGUUAUUAAGGAAAAGAAUGCGUUGAAAAAAGUUGCCUGGCAAUAUAUAGUCAUUGACGAGGCUCAUCGUAUUAAAAAUGAAGAAAGUCAAUUGUCUCAAAUCAUUAGAUUACUUUAUUCUAAGCAUCGUCUUUUGAUUACAGGGACUCCUCUGCAAAAUAAUUUACAUGAAUUAUGGGCAUUAUUGAAUUUCUUAUUGCCCGACGUCUUUGGUGAUUCAGGGAUUUUCGAUGAUUGGUUUGAGCAAAAUAAUUCAGAACAGGAUCAAGAAAUUGUCGUACAACAAUUACAUACCGUAUUGAACCCUUUCCUAUUAAGAAGAAUUAAAGCAGAUGUAGAAAAAUCAUUGUUACCCAAAAUUGAAACAAACGUCUACGUGGGGAUGACGGAUAUGCAAAUUAAAUGGUAUAAAUCAUUGUUGGAAAAAGAUAUUGAUGCCGUCAAUGGGGCAGUCGGGAAAAGAGAAGGUAAAACCAGAUUAUUGAAUAUUGUCAUGCAAUUAAGGAAAUGUUGUAAUCACCCAUAUUUAUUCGAAGGUGCGGAACCAGGACCACCAUAUACUACCGACGAGCAUUUAGUCUUUAACGCUGGGAAAAUGAUUGUCCUUGAUAAAUUGUUGAAAAGGUUGAAAGAAAAAGGCUCUCGUGUACUAGUAUUUAGUCAAAUGUCAAGAUUAUUAGACAUAUUGGAAGAUUAUUGUUAUUUCCGAGGGUUUAAUUACUGUAGAAUUGAUGGUUCAACAUCGCAUGAAGAUCGUAUCGAAGCCAUCGAUGAUUAUAAUAAACCAGACUCCGAUAAAUUUGUCUUUCUAUUGACCACACGUGCUGGUGGGUUAGGUAUUAAUUUAGUUACUGCAGAUACUGUCGUUUUAUUCGAUUCAGAUUGGAAUCCACAAGCAGAUUUACAGGCAAUGGACAGGGCUCAUAGAAUCGGUCAAAAGAAACAGGUUCAUGUUUAUAGAUUUGUUACUGAAAAUGCCAUCGAAGAAAAGGUCAUCGAACGUGCAGCUCAGAAGCUAAGAUUAGAUCAGCUAGUCAUUCAACAAGGUACAGGUAAGAAAACAGCUAAUAUUGGAAAUAAUAAAGACGAUCUUUUAGAAAUGAUUCAAUAUGGUGCGAAGAGUAUGUUUGAAAAGAAAGCUACUCAUAUAACCACUGACGCCGAUAUCGAUGAGAUUUUAAAGAAAGGUCAGCAAAAGACAGAAGAAUUAAAUGCUAAAUACCAGUCUUUGGGUUUGGACGAUUUACAAAAGUACAAUGAAAUUGACAAUCAAUCUGCAUAUGAAUGGAAUGGUAAAAAUUUCCAAAAGAAGUCAACCGACAAAGUGGUAAAUUGGAUUAAUCCUUCGAGGAGAGAAAGAAGAAGAGAACAACAAACCUAUUCCGUCGAUGAUUAUUAUAAGGAAAUUAUCGGUGGAGGUUCAAAAUCUUCUAAACAAACACCUCAACCAAAGAUACCUAAACCUCCAAAGAGAAUUCAAGGCCAAGAUUAUCAAUUUUUCCCCAAAGAAUUAGAUCAACUACAAGCGAAGGAACAAUUGGCAUUCAAAAAGAAAGUAAAUUAUAAAGUAACGUCCUAUGAUAUUACGGGUACCACUGGCAGUGAUAGUGAUGAGGAGGAUGAUGAUGAGUAUACUGAAAAUGGAAACGAGGCAACAGAUAAUGAUAAAGAGAAGCAUGAAACAAAAUUAACAAAAGAAGAAAUAGAACAAAAGAUUAAAGAGGAACAAGAAAAAAUAAGUAACGCUCCAGACUAUACGGAAGCAGAUGAGGAAAUUAAGCAAAAGCUAAUAUCCGAAGCAUUCAGUAAUUGGACGAGGAGAGAUCUGUUAGCGUUCGUUAAUGCAUGUGCAAAGUUUGGAAGAGACAAUAUUGACAUGAUCAAAAAGUCAGUAGAAUCUAAGACACCUGAAGAAGUUAUUGCAUACUCUAAAGUCUUUUGGCAAAGGUAUCAAGAAAUUCAUGGGUAUGAAAAAUAUAUGAACACAAUUCAUAAUGGUGAGAAGAAAAAUGAAAAACUAAAACAUCAAGAGACAUUACUAAGGAAAAAAAUUGAACAAUACAAAUACCCUUUACAUGAAAUGAUGAUACAGUAUCCACCGAACAAUGCUAGAAAGACAUAUAAUAGUUUAGAAGAUAAGUUCUUACUGUUGAUGGUGAACAAGCAUGGUAUUACUGCUAAGAAUUUAUAUGAAAAAUUGAAGCAAGAAAUAAUGAUGAGUGAUCUCUUUACAUUCGAUUGGUUCAUUAGAACAAGAUCUGUUCAUGAAUUAUCGAAGAGAGUAAACACAUUAAUGACGCUAAUAACAAGAGAAUUUGAAUCUUCAGAGGCGCUGAAGAAGAAGAGAACCAGGGCCAAUACAAAGGAAGAUAGUACGCCACUAAAUGAUGUAAUAUCUGUGGCUGAAGAAGAAGAAAAUCAACGAAUACAAGAAGGUCAGGAACAAGGACAUGUAGAUAAAAGGCCAAGAGUGGAGGUCGGACAAUAA